CGUCAGCAGAGGACUAGGUUUCCGUAGCAACUGGGACCGUUAACCGUUAUCCGUUAUCCACCCGGUGACCGACCGGGACUCACCGGGACACACCGGGACACCUACCGGGAGCUGCUGCUGCGGAGCGGGGCGGACAGAGCGCGAGGGGCCGCCGGGGCUCCGGGACAUGCUCAACAUGUGGAAGGUCCGCGAGCUGGUGGACAAAGCCACUAAUGUGGUGAUGAACUACUCUGAGAUCGAGUCCAAGGUGAGAGAGGCGACCAACGACGACCCCUGGGGGCCCUCAGGACAGCUGAUGGGAGAGAUCGCCAAGUCUACCUUUAUGUACGAGCAGUUCCCAGAGGUGAUGAACAUGCUGUGGACCAGGAUGCUGAAGGACAACAAGAAGAACUGGAGACGAGUCUACAAGGCGUUACUGCUGCUGGCCUACCUGAUCAGGAACGGGUCGGAGAGGGUCGUCACCAGCGCCAGAGAGCACAUCUACGACCUGCGCUCGCUAGAAAACUACCACUUCAUCGAUGAGAACGGGAAGGAUCAGGGCAUCAACGUGCGUCAGAAGGUGAAGGAGAUGGUGGAGUUCAUCCAGGACGACGACAGACUGAGAGAGGAGAGGAAGAAAGCCAAGAAGAACAAAGACAAAUACAUCGGAGUCUCCUCAGACAGCAUGGGAGGAGGAGGAGGAGGUGUAGGAGGAGGAGGUGGAGGAGGGAGCAUCAAGAACUCCAGCGAGUUGGACCGCAGUAAGUGGGACGAGGACUGGGACAAGAGCCGGGGGGCGUUCCCUUUCAGUGAGAAGCUCGGAGAGAUCAGCGACAAGAUCGGCAGCACCAUCGACGACACGCUCAACAAGUUCAGGAAGAAGGAACGGGACGAGUCCCCCGACAGGAUCAGUGACAACGAGGAGGACCGAGCGUCCAGAAACGGCCGACAGGAGACACACGAGUUCAAAGACGAGGAGGAAACGGUGACGACGAAGAGCAUCCAGAUCACACAGGCCACGGAGACGACCACCACCACCACCAGGAAACGCAGCGCCGCCGCCGCCGCCGGCAGCAAGACUCUGGACCUGGGCGCCGCCGCCCACUACACCGGGGACAAGAGUCCAGACGAGAAGCCCUCAGCCAGGACAUCCUCCAGCAGCGGGCUCGCCGACCUGCUCGUCAUCGACCCCUUAUCCAAUCAGAGCGCUGCAACAGUGUGUUUGUGUGCAGGAGGAACCUCAGACCUCAUCGCUGGUUUUGCAGAUUUCUCCUCUCCUGCAGCGUCCGCCAGCCUCCCCACCACCACCGCUGCUGCACCAUCCAAUGGAAACGGAGACUUUGGAGACUGGAAUGCUUUCUCAGCCAAUGUGGCGGCAGCGUCUGGCCCCGCCCCCUCGCAGCCCGUAGCCCCGCCCUCUGCGGAGCUGUUGGACCUGAUGGGCGGAGUCACCACGCUGAGCGCCUCGCAGAGCAUGACCUUCUCUCUGGGGGGGGCGGGGCCAGGAGCACCUGUCAAUCACCCAAACAUGUCCCUGUCCCGCUCUCAACAGAGCCUGGGCGGCGUGGCGUCCCAGCUGCCGUUGGGACAGCAGAAGGCGGCUGGAGGACCGUUGGGGUCGACCUGGUCCGACCCGUCCGUCAACAUCAGCCUGGACUUCCUGUCGGCGGGCCUCAACCCGACUAAGACCCCGCCCACUCUGAACAACAUCAUCCAGCAGCAAGGCGUGCCUCCCGUCAGCCUGCUGGCUCACGGCUUCGGAGGACUGAACCUCAGCUCGCCGCCCCACAUGACCCCCAUCAGACCGCCAAACAACCCCAUGAUGGCGGCCAACGCCAUGGCGAUGGGCAUGCCGGCGUCGAUGACCACAGGGACGAUGGGGGCGGGCCCGGUGAACCAGAGCAUGAUGGGAAUGAACAUGAGCAUGAAUCUGGGCGUGGCUCCGGUGAUGAUGGGCGGGAUGGCUAUGCCGGGAGUCGGCCUGGCGCCCGCCGUGGUCCCGCCCAAACAGGAUGCCUUCGCCAACUUUGGCAGCUUUGGGAAAUGAAGGCGUGUAAACGUGUGUGUGAGAAAGAGUGUGUGUGUGUGUGUGUGACACCGUGUCCUGAUUGGUCCGCUGACAUGUUCCGCUCACGUUAAACGGCGAGCAGCAGAUCAGAAACAAAACAUCCUGCUCGGCCAUCACAAUAACCACGAUUUGUUAGACGAAAUAAUUACAGUGGAUGAAAUUAUUAUUCAGACGGGUCGGGGAACUAGUCCAGACAGGUCGGGGUAUGAGUCCAGACAGGUCGGGGAACUAGUCCAGACAGGUCAGGGUACUAGUGCAGACAGGUCGGGGUAUGAGUCCAGACAAGUCGGGGUACUAGUCCAGACAGGUCAGGGUAUGAGUCCAGACAGGUCGGGGAACGAGUCCAGACAGGUCAGGGUACUAGUCCAGACAGGUCGGGGUAUGAGUCCAGACAGGUCAGGGUAUGAGUCCAGACAGGUCGGGGUAUGAGUCCAGACAGGUCGGGGAACGAGUCCAGACAGGUCAGGGUACUAGUCCAGACAGGUCGGGGUACUAGUCCAGACAGGUCGGGGUACUAGUCCAGACGGGUCGGGGUACUAGUCCAGAAAGGUCGGGGUACUAGUCCAGACGGGUCGGGGAACUAGUCCAGACGGGUCGGGGUACUAGUCCAGACGGGUCGGGGUACUAGUCUCGAAAUACUUGCAAUGGAUGACAUUAUUGUCAUGUUAGGACAGUUUAUUAACUCUGAUUUAAUGAUAAAAUAACAGCAAAAUAAUGCAAAUACAACCGUUAAGUUUUAUUGUGUGGAGAACCUGUGACACAGACAGCAGGGGAGAGGACAGGAGCUGUUUUUACGACUCGGUUCUGUCACUUUAAAGACAGUUUAACGCCGCUGAUAUAAAGAUGAUAUAACAUAAUAAUAAUAAUGCAGAUACAUCCUCAGAGAUCUGAAACGUCUCGGCAGGUUUUUAUUUCUGUUCUUCUGGUUUAAACGCUGAAGAAGUUACAAACUAUUAUGAGACUAAUAUAAAACCCAGCGCAGCUUUUAUAUUAAAGCGUUGUGAUGCAUCAUGUCGUGUUUAUUGUGACGGGCCGAGCUGAACACACUUGUUGUUUAUUUAUUGUUUAUUUCCAGUAAAAAUCACAAUCUGAAACCUGUUUGCAGAAUAAAAAUCGAGCAUCAUUCAGCAGCGAGCAACAAACAAGCUGCCCACAACAAACACAACACACUGUCUGUGUCUCUGAGUGAGAGUGUGUGUGUGAGUGUGUGAGUGUGUGUGUGUGUGUGUGUAUGUGUGUGUGAGUGUGUAUUCUCUCAUGUUUUGAAGCUCUGAACUCCAAAUGACCAAAUCUUUAUUUUGUUACUCUCAGAAGGAAAACUCCAGCUUUUAGUUUAAUAUUUUAUUAGUUUAUUGUCAGGUUGUUGUUAUUAUUGUUAUUAUUAU